CGUUUGCGCAUGCGCGGCAGCUCAGAGCUUUGUUAUUUCUCUUCAGUAUGGCGCUUAGCAAAACGUUUGGACAGAAACCUGUCAAAUUUCAGCUGGAGGAGGAUGGAGACUUUUACAUGAUCGGGUCGGAGGUGGGAAACUACCUCCGUAUGUUCAGAGGCUCCUUGUAUAAGAGAUACCCGUCAUUAUGGAGGAAACUGGCAUCAGUAGAAGAGCGGAAGAAGAUAGUGGAGUCAUCACACGAUCACGGUUACACUCAGCUGGCCACCAGCGUGACCCUGCUGAAGGCUUCGGAGGUCGAGGAGAUCCUCGAAGGAAACGAUGAGAAGUACAAAGCUGUUUCCAUCAGCACAGAGCCGCCCGCCUACCUCAGGGAACAGAAGGCGAAGAGGAACAGUCAGUGGGUUCCUACGCUGCCCAACAGCUCUCACCACCUGGACGCGGUGCCCUGCUCCACCACCAUCAACCGCAGCCGACUGGGCCGCGACAAGAAGAGGACCUUCCCACUGUGCUUUGACGACCACGACCCAGCAGUGAUCCACGAGAACGCCACUCAGUCUGAAGUCCUGGUUCCGAUCCGCCUGGACAUGGAGAUCGAGGGACAGAAGCUCAGAGACGCUUUCACCUGGAAUAUGAACGAGAAGCUGAUGACGCCCGAGAUGUUCGCUGAGAUCCUGUGUGACGACCUGGACCUCAACCCGCUGGCCUUCGUCCCCGCCAUCGCCUCCGCCAUCCGACAGCAGAUCGAGUCUUAUCCGACAGACAGCAUCCUGGAGGACCAGACGGACCAGAGGGUCAUCAUCAAGUUGAACAUCCAUGUGGGGAACAUCUCUCUGGUGGACCAGUUUGAGUGGGACAUGUCCGAGAGGGAAAACUCUCCGGAGAAGUUUGCCCUGAAGCUUUGCUCCGAGCUCGGCCUGGGCGGGGAGUUCGUCACCACCAUCGCCUACAGCAUCCGGGGUCAGCUGAGCUGGCACCAGAGGACGUACGCCUUCAGUGAGAACCCGCUGCCCACGGUGGAGAUAGCCAUUAGAAACACAGGUGACGCCGACCAGUGGUGCCCCCUGCUGGAGACGCUGACAGACGCAGAGAUGGAGAAGAAGAUCAGAGACCAGGACAGAAACACGAGGCGAAUGAGGCGACUUGCGAACACAGCACCUGCGUGGUAGACGAAGAAGCAUCGCCCCCCCCGCCCGCCCCGCCCCGCAGGAACGGCGCUCGUCUUGUUUGUUUGAGGAACGACCACAGUUCACAAACAUCAACGACAAAGAUGCUCCUCCUCCUCCUCCUCCGUCGCGCCUCUGGACGUCUUCUUUGCUCAGCCGGGUCCUCAGUCAGCCGCUCAGCGUGUUCUUUUGUUUUUUUUUUAAUUUUUAUUAUUAAUAUUCUGUUCUGUUUGCCCCCCCCCGGUAGAAAAAUGUCCCUCCUUCGUGUUUCCCCCUUUUACGAGCCUCAGCGUGGAGAAGCUGCUCUCUCACUUUGACCACUGACUCUAUUUACCUGACCAGAGGGAGAAUUAAAAACACACAACCAGUCUCAGAUAAUAUAUUGUUUUGUUGUAUUUGUUGUCUUUUUGUACAUUUU